AUGUGUGGUGGAGCAAUAAUAUCCGAUUUCAUACCUCCGGCGGGCCGAUCUUCCCGCCGGCUGACGGCGGAGCUGCUCUGGGGCAGCGGCUGUGCCGAUCUGAGCAAGAAGAAGAAUCCGGGGAGCUACCGCUCCAAGUCCAGGAGAUCUGAGCCGGUCGUUGAUUUGGACGAUGAUUUCGAGGCUGAUUUUCAGGAUUUUAAGGAAUACUCCGACGAUGAAGGCGAGCUCGAUGUGAAGAAACCGUUCUCUUUCUCUGCUUCAAAGAGAUCUUCUGUGAAAGCUUUGAAGCCUUUGGAUGCUUCUCAAUCUGACUAUGAGGAAAACGAGAAGUCUUCCAAAAGGAAGAGGAAGAAUCAAUACAGAGGCAUUCGCCAGCGCCCGUGGGGAAAAUGGGCUGCUGAGAUUCGUGACCCGAGAAAAGGCGUACGUGUCUGGCUCGGCACUUUCAACACUGCCGAGGAAGCUGCACGGGCCUAUGAUGCCGAGGCCCGCAGGAUCAGAGGCAAGAAAGCAAAGGUGAAUUUCCCGGGCGAUAUCCAAAAACUGGUUAUUAAGGAAAGCCCGGACUCUGUACAGCCCAGCCCAAACCAGACUGCGAAUUUCACGAACAUGCCAAAUGACUGCUAUGACUCGUUUGGCUUUAUUGAGGAAAAACCACAGAUGAAUAAUAAUGAGUUUGGAUCUAUAACUGAGGUAAAACCAACCGAGGGCAAAAAUGUAUAUUUCAGCUCAGAUCAGGGCAGUAACUCUUUCGACUGCUCGGAUUUCACCUGGGGCGAAAACUGUGCAAAGACUCCUCCUGAAAUCUCAUCUGUCCUCUCUGCUGUGAUUGAGGAUGGCCCGGCCCAAUUUGCAGAGGAUGAUGAUGUUGGGCCUGUGAAGAAAUCUAAAUCCACCCCGGAGGAAAUUGUGUCUGGUGAUGGAAAUGAUGAUCUCUCGGAGUUUGAUUCUCAGUUGAAGCUGUUUCAGAUGCCUUAUCUCGACGGGAAUUGGGAUGAUGCCUCGAUCGAUGCCUUCAUGAACGGGAACGAGAUGGAUCUUUGGUCUUUCGGUGAUGUCCCAGCGAUGCUCGAUGGGGCAUACUAA